GGGAAAGAUUGGAAUCAUUGGAUGGGCGAUAGAGGCAGCGGGUGAGAGCCCACCGGUGUGUUUCUUCGACUCCGAUCGGAAGAGGUAUCGUCCGAUCGAGAGAGGAGAUCCAGAUCUCACUCUCUCUGUCCCUCCUGCUCGAUCCCAGGUGAUGCGAUUCCGGAGAUUUCAGUGAGGAAGCUCGCGGAAAGCUCGGAUCUCGGUAGUGUAUCGCGAGAGCCAUGGAAGCCAAUGCAGGAAUGGUGGCGGGGUCGCACAAGCGGAACGAGUUCGUGAUGAUUCGGCACGAAGGAGAACCCGGGCCUAAACUUAUGAAGAACUUCAAUGGCCAAGAGUGUCAGAUCUGUGGUGAUACAGUAGGGCUUUCAGCCACAGGUGACCUUUUUGUUGCUUGUAAUGAGUGUGCGUUCCCAGUUUGCCGAGCUUGUUAUGAAUAUGAGAGGAAGGAAGGGAAUAAGUCUUGCCCUCAGUGCAAGACCCGGUACAAGAGACACAAAGGUAGUCCUCGAGUUGAGGGAGAUGAUGAAGAGGAUGAUGUUGAUGAUCUGGACAAUGAGUUCAGUUACAGGCAAGGCAAUGCCAAGGCAGGAUCUAAAUGGCAACUUCAAGGCCAGGAAGAUGUUGAUUUAUCUUCAUCUUCUAGACAUGAACCUCAACACCGCAUUCCACGUUUGACCAGUGGACAACAGGUGUCUGGGGAAGUCCCUGAUGCUUCACCAGAUCGCCAUUCUAUUAGAAGUCCAUCAUCAGGUUAUGUGGAUCCCAGCUUGCCAGUUCCCGUAAGAAUUGUGGAUCCUUCCAAGGAUUUGAAUUCCUAUGGGCUUGGCAGUGUUGAUUGGAAAGAAAGAGUUGAUGGUUGGAAGCUCAAACAGGACAAAAACAUUGUGCAGAUGACCAACAAAUACAAUGAUGGCAAAGGUGAUAUGGAAGGAACUGGUUCAAAUGGUGAAGAUCUGCUAAUGGCCGACGAUGCUCGUCAACCUCUGAGCCGUGUAGUGCCAAUUCCUUCUAACCAACUUAACCUCUACCGUGUGGUCAUCAUACUUCGGCUUAUCAUUUUAUGUUUCUUCUUCCAAUAUCGUAUAACUCAUCCGGUACCUGAUGCAUACCCCUUGUGGCUAACAUCGGUCAUUUGUGAGAUCUGGUUUGCAUUGUCAUGGCUUCUUGAUCAAUUUCCAAAAUGGUAUCCGAUCAACCGUGAGACGUACCUUGAAAGGCUUGCAUUGAGAUACGAUAGGGAAGGGGAACCAUCACAAUUAGCUCCUGUUGAUGUUUUCGUCAGUACAGUGGAUCCUCUGAAAGAACCUCCUCUUAUAACAGCCAACACGGUUUUGUCUAUUCUUGCUGUGGAUUACCCUGUUGACAAAGUCUCAUGCUAUGUUUCUGAUGAUGGUUCAGCGAUGCUUACCUUCGAAGCAUUGUCAGAGACAGCCGAAUUUGCAAGGAAGUGGGUACCCUUUUGCAAGAAGCAUAAUAUUGAACCCAGGGCCCCAGAGUUCUAUUUUGCUCAAAAGAUAGAUUACCUGAAAGACAAAAUUCAACCUUCGUUUGUGAAAGAACGACGUGCAAUGAAGAGAGAAUAUGAAGAGUUCAAGGUACGGAUAAAUGCUCUUGUUGCCAAAGCACAGAAAACUCCAGAAGAAGGUUGGACAAUGCAGGAUGGAACUCCCUGGCCUGGAAAUAAUCCAAGAGAUCAUCCUGGCAUGAUACAGGUCUUCUUAGGGCACAGUGGAGGGCUUGAUACAGAUGGCAACGAGCUACCUCGACUUGUAUAUGUUUCCCGUGAGAAGAGGCCAGGCUUUCAGCAUCACAAAAAGGCUGGUGCAAUGAAUGCAUUGAUUCGUGUGUCUGCUGUCUUGACCAAUGGUGCCUACCUUCUCAAUGUGGAUUGUGAUCAUUACUUCAACAACAGCAAAGCUCUUCGGGAAGCAAUGUGUUUUAUGAUGGAUCCUGCACUAGGAAAAAAGACAUGCUAUGUUCAGUUUCCUCAAAGAUUUGAUGGCAUUGACUUGCAUGAUCGAUAUGCCAACCGCAACAUUGUGUUUUUUGAUAUCAACUUGAAAGGUUUGGAUGGCAUCCAGGGUCCUGUUUAUGUGGGAACAGGGUGCUGCUUCAAUAGGCAGGCCUUGUAUGGCUAUGAUCCUGUGUUGACUGAGGCUGAUUUGGAACCGAACAUUAUUUUCAAGAGCUGUUGUGGUUCAAGAAAGAAGCGAAAGGGAGGGGACAGGAGCUAUAUUGAUAGUAAGAAAAGGGCUAUGAAGAGAACUGAGUCUUCAGUUCCCAUCUUCAAUAUGGAAGACAUGGAGGAAGGAAUUGAAGGUUACGAGGAUGAGAGAUCACUCUUGAUGUCUCAGAGGAGCUUGGAAAAGAGAUUUGGUCAGUCACCAAUCUUCGUUGCAUCCACCUUCAUGGAACAGGGAGGCAUACCACCAUCCACAGAUCCAGCGUCUCUUCUUAAGGAAGCCAUACAUGUUAUUAGCUGUGGGUAUGAAGACAAGACUGAAUGGGGAAAGGAGAUUGGCUGGAUAUAUGGGUCUGUUACUGAGGAUAUUCUUACCGGAUUCAAGAUGCAUGCCCGUGGAUGGAUUUCAAUUUAUUGCAUGCCACCCCGCCCUGCAUUUAAGGGUUCUGCCCCAAUCAAUCUGUCUGAUCGUCUUAACCAAGUGUUGCGGUGGGCCUUGGGAUCAAUUGAAAUUCUGCUCAGUAGACAUUGCCCUAUCUGGUAUGGCUACAAAGGAAGAUUGAAGCUUUUGGAGAGGGUGGCAUACAUCAAUACCAUAGUUUAUCCUAUCACAUCUAUCCCACUGAUUGCCUAUUGUGUUCUUCCUGCUAUUUGCCUUCUCACAGGAAAAUUUAUUAUUCCAGAGAUAAGCAAUUAUGCUGGAAUGUGGUUCAUUCUGCUCUUCAUCUCUAUCUUUGCUACGGGAAUUCUUGAACUUAGGUGGAGUGGUGUUGGGAUUGAGGACUGGUGGAGGAAUGAGCAGUUCUGGGUGAUCGGUGGCACAUCAGCUCAUCUGUUUGCUGUUUUCCAGGGUUUGCUGAAGGUGUUAGCAGGAAUAGAUACCAGCUUCACUGUCACGUCAAAAGCAUCUGACGAGGAUGGAGAUUUCUCUGAACUGUAUAUCUUCAAGUGGACAAGUCUCCUGAUUCCACCGACCACUGUCCUGGUCAUUAACAUGGUAGGGAUAGUCGCAGGCGUCUCUUAUGCCGUUAACAGCGGCUACCAGUCAUGGGGUCCUCUGUUUGGAAGGCUGUUCUUCGCAUUUUGGGUGAUUGCACAUCUGUAUCCUUUUCUCAAGGGUCUUAUGGGUCGGCAGAACAGGACACCUACCAUCGUCAUCGUCUGGUCCAUUCUCCUUGCUUCAAUCUUCUCAUUGCUUUGGGUACAUAUCGAUCCAUUUACUUCUCCCACGCAAAAGGCUGCAACGAUGGGACAGUGUGGUGUCAAUUGCUGAACCUUCCUGGCUGAUCCUAUUAAGGACACGGAUGUUAUUGGAAGUCAGUCAGCAAGAAUCUAUACACGUGGUGAUUGUGCGCACGCCCCGUGUCAAGAAGUUUUAGUUAUUUAUGAUUAUUUAUUCUCAUAAUAUAUUUUGCUUGGUCACUGGACUGUUCAAGCUUCUGUUGCAGUAAUCUUAAGUUUCACUUUUAUUCUUUGUGUGUAGAAUAUGGCAAGUUUAUAAAGACAAGGACUUUGUACAAAACAUCAUGAUCUGUGACCAGAAUCAUUUUGUGUUAAAGAGUGCUUUGUUUUGUGAAA